AUGACGGUUUGUCGUGCUCCUGUCAUCUCCACCCUCGUCCGAUUCAAGCUCUGCGCUUUUCGACUCCGUGUGCCCCUCAUUUCUCCGGUCCAACCCCGCCUUUCUGGUAUCGGCGCAAGAACAAUGUCAGCAACAGCUGCGCGACCCGACCCUUUCAAACCGGCAAGGAGAGUUGCUGGUCAACGACAAGACGUUUGGUCUAUUGUCAAUGAGGCGGCCGCUGCUUCACCGGUUCAGCCGAUCGUGAACAUGGGCCAAGGCUUCUUUGGCUAUAACCCUCCGAAGUUCGCGAUCGACGCUGCAAAGGACGCCUUGGACCGAGUAGAGUGCAACCAAUACUCCCCCACCAAGGGCCGCCCUCGUCUUAAGAAAGCCAUUGCUGAUGCAUACUCGCCGUUCUUCGGUCGGACUUUGAAUCCAGAAACCGAGGUGUCGAUCACCACUGGAGCCAAUGAAGGCAUGCUCAGUGCCUUCAUGGGCUUCAUUGAGCCCGGUGACGAGGUCAUUAUCUUUGAGCCUUUCUUUGACCAGUACAUUAGUAAUAUCGAGAUGCCUGGUGGCACGAUCCGAUAUGUUCCCUUGCACCCUCCCAAGGACGGCGCGACCCGAACCUCUCCUGCUUCGGAGUGGACCAUUGAUUUCGAGGAGCUCGAAAACACCAUCAACUCCAAGACUAAGAUGAUUGUCUUGAACUCGCCCCAUAACCCUGUUGGCAAGGUCUUCUCUCGAGAAGAGCUUGAGCGGAUUGGAGAUCUUUGUGUCAAGCACAACCUUAUUAUUCUGUCUGAUGAAGUCUAUGACCGUCUCUUCUAUGUUCCCUUCACCCGCAUUGCUACCUUGUCCCCCGAGCUAUACGAGCGCACCCUGACUGUGGGCUCUGCGGGCAAGGCCUUCUAUGCCACUGGCUGGCGUGUCGGCUAUCUCAUUGGUCCCGAGCAUUUAAUCAAGUAUGUGGCGGGUGCUCAUACUCGUAUUUGUUACAGCAGUGUCUCUCCGCUCCAGGAGGCAGCGGCCGUUGCUUUUGAGCAGGCCGAUAAGGUCGGAUUCUGGGAUGAGAGCCGGAACGAAAUGCAGCAAAAGAUGAAGCUUUUCUGCGAGGUAUUCGAUGAACUUGGAAUCCCGUAUUCUGAGCCCGAGGGUGGUUACUUCGUGCUUGCCAACUUUGCCUCAGUCAAGCUCCCUGUGGACUACCCAUUCCCUGCGCAUGUGGCCUCCCGUCCUCGAGAUUUCAAACUUUGCUGGUUCCUCAUCCACGAAGUUGGCGUAGCGGCUAUUCCCCCUACUGAGUUCUACACCGACGUCAAUGCCCACAUUGCCGAGGAUUAUCUUCGCUUUGCGGUCUGCAAGAAUGAUGAUGUUCUUGAGACUGCCAAGGACAGACUACGGGGAUUGAGGAAGUAUAUCACCUAG